AUGAACCAGCUUGAUAGAAACUCUUGCAUUCUUGAGCUCAAGUCGUGCAAAAGCCUUGAUGCUGCCAAAAAUCUCCACUCCAAAUUCCACGCCCUGAUCUUUCAAUCCGACGCCUACGUCCCCAACAAGCUCGUGGAGCUCUAUGGCAGAUGUGGGAGUGUCAAUCUUGCCCGUUCGGUGUUUGACGGCAUCAACAACAAGGACAUCUACUCCUGGGUGUUGAUGCUCUCGGCAUAUUCCAGAAAUGGGCAUAUUCAAGAAGCCCGUAACACGUUUAACAGCAUGCAAGAGCACAACUUAGUAGCCUGGAACUCGAUGCUUACAGCAUAUGCCCAAUCCGGGCAUCUGCUAGAUGCUCGGGAUCUUUUCGAUUCCAUGCCAGAGAGAGACCUCGUCUCCUGGACCACAAUCACUGUGGCAUAUGCGCAGCGUGGCUAUAUAGAGUCUGCAAAGGCUCUCUUUGAUACCAUGCCUGCAAGAGAUCUAGUUACUCUUACCGCAAUGCUAAAUGCCUAUGCACAAAACGGACACUUGGACGAGGCAAAGUUUGUGUUUGAUUCCAUGAAGGAGAGAAAUCUAAUUUCCUGGAAUGUGAUGCUCACGGCAUUUGCUGAUAGUGGGUUUCUCCAAGCGGCCAAAGAUUUGUACCAUUGUAUGCCCGAGCAUGACUUGAUAACGUGGACGGCAAUGUUGGUAGCGUUCGCAUCGGACGGUCAAGUGGAGCAGGCCAAAAGAGUAUUCGAUCAAAUGGACGAGAGGGAUUUAGUAGCGUGGAAUGCCAUGCUUUGUGCAUAUGCCGACAACGGGCAUCUGGAAGAAUGUAAGCGCUUGUUUGAUUCCAUGAAAGAAAGGAAUAUCGUCUCUUGGACUGUAAUGGUCACUGCAUAUUCCGAGUUCGGUUAUAUUCGUGAUGCGAGAAUCCUGUUUGACAGGAUGAAGGAGUGGAGUUUAGUGACUUGGAACGCGAUGCUCUCGGCAUAUGCCCAAAAUGGUCAAGUCUUUGAAGCAAAGAGGCUGUUUGAUGAAAUGGACGAACGGGAUGCUGUCACGUGGACCGCGCUGAUGGUGGUUUACGCACAAAACGGACAUCUUAAAGACGCAAAACUCUUGUUUGAUCGGAUGGAGCACUGGAAUCUCAUCACAUGUAACGUUCUCCUUUCAGCAUAUACCGAUUCCGGGCAUCUUGAUUCCGCGCGUGAAUUGCUAGAGAGCAUGCUUGAGCGGGAUGUUGUGUCGUACAACUCAAUUCUAUGCGCAUAUGCCCGUCACGGACAUCUGGAAGAUGCCUGGAGAAUCUUAGAGCUCAUGCCGGAGUGGAAUCUCAUCACCUGGAGCGCAUUGUUCUCGGCAUAUGCCCAGAGAGGGUAUCUGGAGGAGGCCAUGAAGAUGCUUUACAACAUGAGCAGCGAGCCGGUCGUGUCAUGGAACGCAGUGCUAUCCUCGUACGGACAACACGGCUACAUUGACGAGGCCAAAGCGGUGUUUGAUGGAAUCAAGGAUAAAAACUUGGUAACUUGGUCGGCAAUGGUUUCCACUUAUGGACAGAAUGGUCGACCAUUUGAGGCCAGGCGAGUCUUCGAUUCGAUGCAUGAGAGAAACUUGGUGGUGUGGAACUCCAUUCUUGCCUCUUAUGCGCGAGCGGGGCUUUCCAGCGAAGCCUUUGAGCUUUUCUAUGGCAUGAACAUGAUAGAGUUUCCAGACGAUGUAUCGUUUGUGUGUGUUCUCGUAGCUUGCAACCAUCUGGGCGAGGUUUACCCCGCAAAGUUUUGCUUUGGGUCGAUCGCCAUGGACUUCGGCUUGGUUCCUACGAGACAACACUACUGCUGCGUGAUUGAUCAGCUCGGACGAGCUGGUUUUCUCAGCGAUGCCGAAGAUCUUAUCAAAACCAUGCCUUACUCGCCGGAUGCGCUGGACUGGAGUUGCCUGCUUGGAGCAUGCACGAACCAGAAGGAUCGCCGGCGAGGGGAACAAUCCACCAAGUGUGUUCUUGAGCUGGACCGAAAGGAUGGGUCGGCUUAUGUGUUACUCUCGAACAUUUAUAAGUCCAGUUUGAAAGCCAAACUCUCUCAUUCUGGUCUGUGA